AUGGCUGAGAGCGAGGUAGACACGCCAAGCACGCCCAUUGAGUUUGACAGCAAAUACUUCGAGUUUGAUGGAGUGCGGCUGCCACCCUUCUGCAGAGGGAAGAUGGAGGAGAUCGCCAACUUCUCGCUCAGAAGUAGCGACAUAUGGAUCGUCACCUACCCGAAGUCAGGCACUAGUCUACUUCAGGAGGUGGUGUAUCUAGUGAGUCAGGGAGCAGACCCAGAUGAGAUCGGCCUCAUGAACAUCGAUGAACAGCUGCCCGUCUUAGAGUACCCCCAACCUGGCCUGGACAUCAUACAGGAGCUGACAUCCCCUCGUCUGAUCAAAAGCCAUCUCCCCUAUCGAUUCCUCCCCACGGCCAUGCACAACGGAGAGGCCAAGGUGAUCUACAUGGCUCGUAACCCUAAGGACCUGGUGGUGUCUUACUACCAGUUCCACCGCUCUCUCAGGACCAUGAGCUACCGGGGAACCUUCCAGGAGUUCUGCCGGCGCUUCAUGCAUGACAAGCUGGGAUAUGGUUCCUGGUUUGAACAUGUUCAGGAAUUUUGGGAACAUCGUAAUGACUCUAAUGUCCUCUUCUUGAAAUAUGAAGACAUGUACAAGGAUCUGGGGCCAUUGGUGGAACAAUUAGCCCGGUUCCUGGGUGUUUCCUGUGACAAGGCUCAGCUGGAGGGCAUGGUGGAGAGCUGCAACCAGCUCAUUGAGCAGUGCUGCAACUCGGAGGCGCUGUCCAUCUGCAGGGGUCGUGCAGGUCUGUGGAAGGAUGUCUUCACUGUGUCUAUGAAUGAAAACUUUGACGCUGUUUAUAGACAGAAGAUGGGCAAGUCCGACCUGACCUUUGACUUCUGCCUGUGAGGAGCACCUGACGCCACUCUCUACCCUCACGGAUCGGCUCCAGUACAGUUGACCAAACCCACGCUCCUACUGUACGCUUCCAUUCAGUCAAUAUGUCUGAAGUCCAAUGGUACAGUCUGACAGUGGGAUUUCACUCCAA